UCCCUCCACGCUACAAUGUGCGCUCUCUCUCUCUCUCUCUCUCUCUCUCUCUCUCUCUCUCUCUCUCUCUCUCUGAUAUGACCAGACUUCAGUGCCUCGCCCCUGCUCUCUCUCUCUGAUAUGACCAGACUUUAGUGCCUCGCCCCUCCCCCGCACACAGCAACAACACGCACAGAUGGGGUUAGUGUCCCUCUAGAGAUCUCGUUCAAGACGUCCAAGUGUGUCGAGAUCUAGAGAUCUCUGUUGGUUUUUUCAUCAAAAAUGCCAAAGCGGAAGAAAGCCUGGUUUCGUGAUGCAGAUAGUUUUGAAACUCGCAUUACACUUGAGGCAGACCGAGGAUUCCUUAACCUCUUGGACCGGACGCAAGACAGUCUCAGGAAUGCACGAAACAAUGCGCCAAACAUGACGACGAAAGUCUUGGGUGGGUUUGUUAGAACCUUCUACUUUGAUGAAGAAUCUAAUGCUGAUGUCAUUGACGGCGAAAUGCAAAUUGAGUAUGAUCUAGAACAGAUCAAAGUAUACCCUAUCACAGUAGUGGUCUUAGAGCAUAAGGACAACUCUAGUGAGAUUGGAGAUGCAAUUGUUGGGCAUACUCAAAAGCUUUCUGGCUAUGGUGGUGGCUUACUUGUGCGAGCAUAUUUCAGUGCGUUUGCCCAUAAAAUCCAGAAAUAUAUAGUGGCCUACGAGCCAUUCGCCCGGUCCUCAAUUUGGGAAAUACGCAACCCGACAUUUUUUUCUGCUGAUGGCCUACAGCUGGACUUGACAGAAUAUUGGCGAAAAAGAAUGAGGUCAUUCAUAAAACUUCUCCAUUAUGCGGCACAGUGCGAAAUCAAGCAUGGUAGUCUCUUGAGCCUUAGCAGCUACGUGACUUGUCGUGGAGACCAGAGGAUAAUUAAUGUGGGGAAAGUUUAUCAUGACCAAUACGAAGCCGGGAAAGACAUGGAGGAUCUUAUGCAUCUUAUAUCUAAACUAUUCCCUGACAGUUCGACUAAUUAUGAGUGGGUAUCCCUUAAGAAUCUUCUGAUUUCAAAGACAAUGAGUGACCCAGCAACAGUCCAGAAUUUCCUUCGUAUUGCCUUGGGGCACCCAAUUUUAUUGGGCACCGUAGAAGAAAAACUGGAAUGCUUUGUAACUCUCCACGACGGUGUGAUGGAUCUGGACGAUGCUUUCGGGCACAGAGCUAGGUUCUCAAAUAGGAUUCACCGUGACUACCCCCAGUUGAGAAGGUUCUUCUCUAGCGACCUCCAGGAUAAAGUGGCUAGCGAGUAUGAUUUCCGUUUUCGAAGACUUGUUCCGUGGAACAAGCUCUACUACGGCCUCUUUACAUUCCGACACGCCAGUUAUUUGGUACUGACAGAAAACACUAACUAUGGGAGGGAGCCACAAAAUGAACUUCCAAUGAAUCAGUUCCUAGAGGACCUUCGAUCCAAUACUUGGUCACCUAGGUAUGGUGAACGAUACAUCUAUAUCAAUAUCAUCAGGUUGGUUCAGAAACUGAUAAAGCAUGGAGCUAACUACUGUCCGCAAUUUGGGGAUCUGAAUCAUCUCCUCACUGAGAUCAAAACUCGUUUUAGCCAUAAUAUGUGUGCUUGCUACACCCUCCUAAAUACGAAGAAGGAUUGGAUUACUGAGCCGUCGUUCGAGCCAUAUGGACGACUGCCUACAUUGAUGAUGUGAGAUCAGGACGAAGAAGUGGCCGGACCUCAACAGCAACCGGAGAUUCUCUGAGUAUGGAUGCCAGAUGGACGGCAGUGGCUUGAGCCGUUAGGUUGGUCUCUUUGGUACUGGUGCAUCUUCGCUCAGUACCUCCUUAUCAGCGCUGGGUCGCUUGUAUCGGGUCUAUGUGACCAUGUAUCGAACUAGUACACCUCUAGUGAUACAUAUCUAGCUUAUGUGCGCUGAGUCGCAUUUGUUUGGUCCCUCGGACUUUGUAUCUUUUCAUUGGAAUCUUGCCUUGACUUAAGGGCCUCAUUUUUAAAAAGUGCGGUUCUUCCCCAACUAGGAAUAUUAAUGGUUAAGCCCGUGCAUUUAUCUCGUUGAA